AUGCGCGCCGCAAGCAACUCCCUUAUGUGGAAGCAACUAUUACCGAACUGCAACGUAUCACAAAUGUUCUGCCAUGGGCUAUUCCUCACAGAACAAUGGAAGACGUCAAACUGUUAGGAUUCCGUCUACCAAAAGGCACUGUCAUAUUGCCUCAGUAUGGAACCGUACACCAUGACGCACGAUACUUCCCUGAACCGGACAAGUUCAGACCAGAAAGAUUCUUUGAUGCCGACGGCUGCUUCAAGAGAAGGCCCGAAAUGAAUCCGUUCGGAAUGGGUAAGAGAACCUGUCUCGGCGAGAAUCUCGCACGAUAUGAACUCUUCCUACUUCUCACCACGUUGAUACAGAAAUACGAGUUCCUGCCUAUAGAAGGGGAACCACUUCCAUCACUGCAACGAAGUCUAGGCAUAACUAAUGUGCCAAUGAACUAUAAAUGUAUGGUCGUUCCAAGAAAGUCAUCGGAUGCUGUGUAA